AACAGCAGCAGAAGCAACGACAACUUGCUGGUGCGAUGGAGCUUCCCCCUUGCUGUUAACAGAAGAAGCCAAAGCAAAGGACUGUCAAUCCAUUUCCCAGCUUCCGUCUCUUGCUUCCUGGAGCUAGUGGUACCCUGAAAAGGAGCAGCAGGUGUUGCGGAUGGGCUUAGCCGAGCUGGAAGAAAGAGGGAGGAUGAGCUACAAGGAGGAUCACUGCUUGGGGCACAGUGAUAUAGAAGAGGAGCUCCAGAACCUAGGAUGGUAUCAUGAUAAUCUUACUCGGCAUGCUGCAGAGGCUCUUCUUCUUUCCAAUGGCAGUGACGGGAGUUACCUCUUACGGAAGAGCAAUACCAAGCCCAAUCUGUUCUCUCUCUCAGUAAGAGCAAAGGAUUCUGUCAAACAUUUCCAUGUGGAACACACUGGAUCUUCGUUCAAAUUUGGUUUUAAUGAAUUUGCAAGCCUGAAAGACUUGAUUAAUCAUUUUGCCAAUCAGCCCUUAAUUGGUAGCGAGACAGGUACUCUGAUUGUAUUGAAACACCCGUACCCUAAGAAAGUGGAAGAACCUUCUAUUUAUGAAUCUGUGCGUGUUCACACAGCAAUGCAGACAGGAAAAACAGAAAUUGAUCUUGUCCCCAAUGCUCCAUCGCUCGGAACAAAAGAAGGCUAUCUGACCAAACAAGGCAAAAUAGUUAAGAACUGGAAAACCAGGUGGUUUACAUUGCAUAGGAAUGAGCUGAAAUAUUAUAAAGACCAGACGUCCACAGAGCCAAUCAGAGCACUAGACUUAACAGAAUGCACAGCAGUGCAGUUUGACUAUUCACAGGAAAAAGUCAAUUGUUUUUGUUUAGUAUUCCCACUGAGGACAUAUUAUGUUUACGCAAAGACUGGAGUAGAAGCAGAUGAGUGGAUCAAGAUAUUGCAAUGGAAACUGUCACAGAUAAGAAAACAAGCCCGCCAGCGUGAUGGCACACUGAAGCCAUAGCUAUGCCCACAGGAACUUUGCCUGCACGAGGCCCAUCAUGCUAGUUCAAGCUGAUGCUCCAUCAAGUCUGCCAUCAUGAACAGAGGAACUGCUAUGCUGGGUUGGACCAGAGAUCCAUCAACCCCAACACCACCCAGAUGCUACUAAGACUCUCACCUGAUGAUGGUAUGAUGGAGUCAGCCAACCCUGAUGCCUUUUCUUCAGAAGAAUCCUGUCUCCGAAGGUGGAAGGUCCAUUUUUAUCUAUUGCAGCUAGUACCUAUGGAUGAAACUACCCUCCAUGAAUUUCUAUAACUUAAAAGAAACCAUUUAAACUAUUGAUCAUUAACAAAUCUUGUUGUGAUGAUGCCCCACAUCCUGUUUUCUGCAUUGGACAGCACCGUAAGGUAUUGUGUAUGCCAGUCUUUGCUGCCAUGCAUCACUUCUUUUCUAUGGAGAUCAUUCCAGCUGCACAGAAUGAAUGAA